AUGCCCGCGGCCAAACAAAGGGGCGCCAAGGGCGGCCACGGCGCCGCGAGCGCCCCGGACAAGGGCGCCCACCCGUCGGGCGGCGCGGAUGACGUGGCCCGGAGGCCGCCCGCGCCGCAGCCGCCGCCCGCGCCGCACCCGCCGCAGCCGCCCGCGCCGCACCCGCCGGGCCCGCCGCACGCCCGGGGCGGCCACCGCGGCGCCCGGGCCGCCGCCGCCGCGUCCUCGGGGCCCGGCCCGCGCCGCCUCGGCCGCGCGCUCAACUUUCUCUUCUACCUCGCCCUGGUGGCGGCCGCCGCCUUCUCGGGCUGGGGCGCCCACCACGUCCUGGAGGAGGUGCGGCAGGUCCGGCGCGGCCACCUGGACUUCUCCCGGCAGCGGGACGAGCUGGGCCAGGGCUUGCAGGGCGUCGAGCAGAAGGUGCAGUCUCUGCAAGCCACCUUUGGGGCCUUUGAGUCCAUCCUGAGGAGCUCCCAACACAAACAAGAUCUCACAGAGAAAGCCGUGAAGCAAGGGGAGAGUGAGAUUAACCGGAUCAGUGAAGUUCUGCAAAAACUCCAAAACGAGAUCCUUAAAGACCUCUCGGAUGGGAUCCAUGUGGUGAAGGAUGCCCGGGAGCGGGACUUCACGUCCCUGGAGAACACGGUGGAGGAGAGGCUGACGGAGCUUACCAAGUCCAUCAACGACAACAUCGCCAUCUUCACCGAGGUCCAAAAGAGGAGCCAGAAGGAAAUAAAUGAGGUGAAGGCGAAGGUUGCCGCUCUGGAAGAAUCCGAGGGAUACAAGCAGGAUGUGAAAGCCUUGAAGGAAGUUGUGAAGGAAAUAGAGACCUCUGUGAAGUCCAAGGAAGAGGACAUCGCGGCCCUGAGAAGCACCCUCCGCUCCAUGGAGUCUGACGUCUACACCGAGGUCAAGGAGCUGGUGAGCCUGAAGCAGGAGCAGCAGAAGUUCAAGGAGGCGGCCGAUUCGGAGCAUCUCACCCUGCAGGCCCUCACAGAGAAGGUGCUGCAGUGUGAGGAGUCCAGCGGCCGCCUGCCUGCAGAGGUGCGGAGGCUGGAGGAGGAGCUGCACCAGCUAAGAGCCCAGGCCCAGCGGUCGGAAGAGGACGGAGUUUUCCAAAGCUCUGAUGCCUUCGAAGCACUCCAGAAAGAGAGCCAGGGGUUGGACUCCAGGCUUCAACGUGUGGAGGGUGGAGUCCGGGCCGUGGAGUCGGCCGCUGCCCGGCAGACCGAGAGCCUGGAGUCCCUCCUGGCCAAGAGCGAGGAGCAGGAGCGGCGCCUGGCGGCCCUGCAGGAGCGCCUGGAAGGCCUGGGCGCCGCCUCGGAGGCCGACAAGGGCGGCCUGGCCGGCACGGUGAGGAGCCUGGGCGAGGCCCAGCUCUCGCUGUACAGCGACGUGGAGGAGCUGAAGAGAAGCGUGGGUGAGCUCCCCAGCACCGUGGACGCGCUCCAGAAGGUGCAAGAGCAAGUCCACACGCUGCUGGGUCAGGACCGGGCCCCCGCGGCCCACUUGCCGCCCCAGGACUUCCUGGACAGACUCUCUUCUCUGGACAACCUGAAAUCCUCAGUCAGCCAAGUGGAAUCGGACUUGAAAAUGCUCAGGACUGCCGUGGACAGUUUGGUUGCGUACUCAGUGAAAAUAGAAACCAACGAGAACAACUUGGAAUCGGCCAAGGGUUUACUAGAUGACCUGAGAAGUGAUCUGGAUAGGUUGUUCUUGAAAGUGGAAAAGAUUCAUGAAAAAGUCUAAAUGGCUUUUAGGGCAUGGGUUUUAAAUCCAGUUUCUCAUGACCAAAAAAAGGUUUGUUUUCUCCCAUGUUCCCCUCCCACCACGUUCUCACCCCUUCCACGUCUUGGAACAAAAAACAUCAAGGCAUUUUGUAUUUUUGUGCCCAGUUAAUUUAUUUACGGUGAUUACCACACACAUUGGUUUCUCACGUUUUCUGCUUCUGCUUGCGGUCAGUUUCCUGAAGUCCCAGCCCCCGUGGCUCAGAGGUGCUUUUCAGAAGGGACGGCUCCAGCACCAGUGAGGAAGGCGUGACAGUGGCUUCCACCAAGGACUCACAGAAGCAGACUGACCUCAAAACCCCUUCCAGGCGGCAGACAUCAAGUAAAACAAGUGGGGGAGGAGGCACUUUGCUUUCUAAUUGUCUUUAAGGGAAAUUAAUUUUACCUUUUUUUUUUUUAAUACUUCGGGCCGAGUUUCCGUGAGAUGUCACUCGCUCCUUGUCUUCCACUUUUAACUGGUCGAAACUCAUAGGUGUGAGCUCUGAGUCGGGGGAGAGAUGCACCCCUCGGGUUUAAGAAUCAGCUGCUUGACUGUCGCCGCCCUGGCGUGGGUGUCUUUCCCAUUCCUGAAUCAUCUGACCGCAAACGUGACUAUGCAAAGAAUCCAGAGAUCCUGAAUAUGCAGGCGCGACACCCCACAGAGCCCCUCAGCUGACCUGUGUCAUCUCUGACAGUGUCCCCAAGUAAUGCCUGGGUUUAGACUCCUACAGGGGGAGUCCUCGGAUUCUCCCAGGAGGUAUGUUCUGGGCGCUGUCCAUUAGGGCACGGGCGUCUCCCCAGGGAGUGGAGGCCAGUCUGUCACCGUGAUGUCCAUGAAGGGGUUUGCUGUGCGAGCAGCCCCCCCCCCAUCCGGGAGGAACGUGUGCGUUUUCUGUCCUUGUUCCUCUGUCUUCCCCUUUGAGCUGUACUGUUCUUUAAUGGCUGUCUUGCCCUUCAAAAAAGCAAAAGGAAAAAAAGAAAAAAAAAAAAAGAAAAGGGAAAAAAAAUUUUAGUUUACUGUGAAAUGAACUGUAUGGCUUAUUUACAGUAUUUUUAAUUCUUAAUAAACACUUGAGCUUUGUUACGGCUUUUCCCAGAGUGGUUGCUUUCUGA